CAGAUCAGCAGGUGUGUGUAACAGUCAGUGUUACAAUUUACAAAACCCACUUCAACUUCAAAUCUUCUUCAAUUCCAUUCACACUUUCAUCUCUCUUUCUCUCUCUUCGUAACAGUCACAUUUCCAAAAUGCCCACAAUAAAAAGCUUCGUUUUUUCGGAUUCCCUUCUUCUUCUCCUCCUCCUUUCACCGUUCUGCCACGGUGGUUCUGACGGUGGAGCCGUUAAACAGGAGCUUUGGUGUGUGGCAAAGAACAACGCGGAGGAUGCAGCUUUACAGACAGCUCUAGACUGGGCUUGUGGAGCUGGUGGAGCUGAUUGUGGCCCAAUCCAAAACGGAGGACCUUGCUAUGAUGUUAACAGUGUUCAGAAUACUGCUUCUUAUGCUUUCAAUGAUUAUUUUCUCAAACAUGGUUUGACUGAUGAUAGCUGUAGUUUCAAUAACAAUGCUGCUGUUACUUCGUUAAAUCCUAGUUAUGGUAAUUGCAAGUUUCCAUCUGGUAUGUCGGUGAGCAAUGGAAGUUUGAUUGGAUCAACACCAUCGCCUAUUGGACUGGGACCCGGUGAAAAUAUGAGUGGAUGCAGUAAAGCUUCUUUGGGGUGGUGGUUUUGGCUUUUGGGCAUCGGUCAUUUGCUGCUCAUGGUUUCAGUUUCUGCAUAAUAGGAGGUGAAAAUAAGCACUGGUUUGAUUUGAUGAAGGAAUGGCAAGAGAAAAGAGAUUUCCUCGUUUUUGUUCAAGCUGCACAGGUUAGACAAUUUAGGAAUAUCAAAGUGUGUGUUACCACUAAUGUAGAACAGAAAGGAUGAAUAUAUUGUUUCUCCUUAGUCUGACUGUUUUCAAAGUUGUAUCUUUGAUGGCCUGUUGAAAUUUAAGUAGACCAAUUUGAAGAAGAUCUAUGCAUGGUUCAGGUUGGUUACAAUUUUGGUUAACCUUUGAA